UGCGGGUUCUGCUAUUUUUCUCACGAGAAAUCAAGAAGAACGUAUUUAGAGCUGAGGGCGGGGUUUAGAGCUCCCUACGCGCAGGAGACUUUAACUCUGCAAAGAAGGGUGACGCGUGUGGUAUAUAAACCAAGAAUAGCUGGUACAACGGCACUUCAGCUCGAAACUCUCUCGUGGGAAGUGCAGAGUAAUUUUAUCAUGAAUACUAAGUUUUUUGCCGUUCUCUUCUUCGCAGUUGCAGCUCAAGCUGCUCCCGCAGCUGAUGCUGAGGCUGAUCCUCAGUAUCUUGCCGCUCUAGCUGCUCCCUACCAUGCUACCAACUGUGUAACUGAAAACGAGGUCCUGAUUACCCAAGCUUGUACUCCUUCUGCCGAGAAUGUUUGCACCACCGAGGUUGUUGAUACCGAGGAGAUCGAGUACGAGAAGGUGUGCAAGGAUGUUGUUGACACUCUCUGUGAUGGGCCCGCCGCUGUUGCCGCUGUUGCCCCUGUUGUUGCCCACGCUGUUGUGAAGAGGGAAGCUGAUGCUGAAGCUGAUCCUCAGUUCUACGGACUUGGUGGAUAUGCUGCUCAUGCUGUUGCCCCUGUUGCCCACGCUGUUGCCCACUCCGCUGUCGCCACCGUGAAGCACGCCUGCAGGGAGGUCACCACCCAGCACUGUGUUGACAACCCCAAGAUCAAGAUUGUCCCCGUUGAGGUCCAGCACUGCCACACCGUCACCAAGGUCAAGUGCGCCGAUGUUGAGAACACCAUCCCCAAGACCACCUGCGAGCCCGUUGAGACCACCCAUGUCUCCUCCUACGCCCUUCCCUACGCCGGAUACGGUUAUGCCGGAUACGGAUACGGAAAGUAAAUAAUCCCCUUCCUUCAUCUUCAAGUUCAAGAAUUCACUCAGAAAUAGAUAAAUUCAGAAUAAUCCCAAAGACUUAUAUUGUGUUUGUAUCAACAAAUGGUUUCCCAGUAUCGACCUGAGAUCUUGGAGGGAAUAAACCACAAUAAUCUCCAGUCCCUUCAUAUAAAAUUAAUCUUAAAAUAUGAUGUAUGAGGUGCCGAUUUGAUUGCAAUAAAAAUAUAAAUGUA